UAGUAAGAAGAAUUUAACUAAAAAUGCAACUUACUUCCGGAUGUAUACGGGCGAUUCAAGACGAUGAGCAAGUUGUCAAUCCCGUUGUACAAAUAAUUAAUAUUAAAAAGUUACAGAGCCAAAAUCAGAAUACUAAACAAGGCGAUCGUUAUCGUUUAACCAUCAGCGAUGGAACGCACUAUCAAGCAGCGAUGCUUGCCGUCCAGCUUUCGAGUGUUGCUGAAUCUCCACAAUUUCAGAGAAAUGCAGUAAUCUGCUUGUCUCGUUACGCUUGCGGAAAUUACCAGAAUAGGAAAAUUAUUUUUGUACUGGAACUCCAAUUUAUAGGAGUUGAGCGAGACACGAUUGGCUGUCCAGUCGAUAUCGAAACCUCACGGGAGCAUCCCGCGCCCAACACGGCUUCCGCGCCGCGCAUGCUUUCAUCCAACAUCAAUGUGAUCAAUAAAAAUAAUGAAAGUAAAAGCAAUGUAGAACCCCCCGAAAAGCGCGCUUCUCUGCUGCUGUCGGGAAAAGUCGUUCCAAUAUCGGCUAUUAAUCCCUACCAAUCGCGGUGGACUAUUAAAGCACGUGUUACCAACAAACCUCAAAUCAGGCAUUAUACAAAUGCAAAAGGCGAAGGAAAACUUAUUUCCUUUGACUUGACAGACGAGUCGGGUGAGAUUCGAUGUACUGCGUUUGGUGAAGUUGCAGAAAAACUUUCUGAUUUGCUGGAAUUGAAUAAAGUUUAUUAUUUUUCUAACGGGACUGUGAAACUGGCCAAUAAGCAGUUUUCUACCAUUAAAAAUGAAUAUGAAAUUACUUUUGGCCCAACUGUUCAGUGCCAAGAGUGCAAGGAAAAUACUGAAUCGGUCCCUCGUCUGCAUAUGAAUUUUCUGCCAAUUAGCGAAAUCGAAAAGGCCCCUAAAGAUUCCCUAUUGGACGUUAUUGGAAUCGUUAAGGAAGUCGGCGAUCUCUCAGCGGUUCAUACUAAAACUGGAAAGCGACUUUCAAAAAGAUCAUUAACAAUUGUGGACGACUCUCAAACUGAAAUUUCUUUAACUUUGUGGGGCGAAAAUGCGGAGAACUUUACUGUUCCCGCUGCCGAAGCUCCAGUGCUUUGCGUCAAAGGAGCGCGUGUUGGGGACUAUGGCGGAAAGAAUUUAUCAGCGCAAAUGAGCAGCAUAAUAACCAUCAAUCCGGAUGUUAAAGAGGCGCAUCGCCUGCGCGGAUGGUACGACUCUAUUGGAUAUGCUACGCACGCCCAAUCUCUUUCUGGCGUUGGAGCCCCAACCAAUGAGCGUUCAUGGACAGAUCCACGCAAGCCACUGUCUUACUUGAGAACUGCGCCGCCUAAGGAGUUUCAGGAUUCCCCUGUUUUUUUUGUAACACGUGGAUAUAUCACGCUUGCUAAAAAGGAUCGAGUACUUUACAAGGCCUGCCCACGUGAUGGCUGCAAUAAAAAGUUAAAUGAACAUAACGGACAGUAUUAUUGUGAAAAGUGUCAAGAAACUUUUGAUCAGUGCAUAAACCGUUUAAUGCUUCAAGUAUGUAUAGUCGAUGCGAGCGGGAAGACGUGGGCCGUGGCGUUUAGCGAUUUGGCUGCGCAUCUUCUUGAGGCCACUCCAGAUGAAAUGGAUGAGCUUCUAGAAAAUGACGAAAGCGCUUAUAAUCAUAAUUUCCAACAAGAAUUGCGAAUUCGUUGCGGACUUCAAAGCGUUCGAUCGUUGGAUUAUAAAUCUGAAGCAAAUUAUUUGCUUCAGGAAAUCACCAAAAUGCAUUAA